AUGCAGCCUAGUCCAGACAUAAAGAAGCCUCGGGCACGCACUGUUAGGCCCGAGAAUGCCAAGCCAACUAUCGUGCUAAGUCUACCAGGGGUCCGCUUCGCCGUGUUCUCUAGUGCAUUGGACUCAUUGCAGCAAUUUGACGUUACCCUCAGCUCGACCGCAUCACUGCUUUUUGUCACUUAUAUUACGUGUGUCGUGGCCUGGAACAUCCUUUCGAUCGUCGUGCCUGUGCUAGCACACACUGCAUGGUUCGCGCUUAUCACAUUUUACACCUUCGUCGGAAUCACCAGUGUGUCUACAACUACCGUAUCCAAGUCAGACAAAAUUGCUGCUGGAACCUAUUAUACCGGCAACUCCCCGAUGGAAACAGAUGUCACCGCUUCAAAACCAACGUUACCUUUGCUCUCGGUCAUUCCGUCAACCCUGGAAGCUAAUUCCAAUAAGGCAGACAGAGUAUUUGAAAAUAAACAGAAGAAUUAUCGGGCCCCGACUGCUCAACGUCGAGUACUGGCUCGGCUGAACAAAAAUCGAAUUUUGGUCAAUGUGGUGCCAGGUGAAACCCGCCGCCGUGUGGAUAUGAACUUGGGUGAAGCAAAUUUUCGUGUUGGUAAGGCAUUUGUGCAAUCAGUGUCAGGCAAGCGCAAACCGCGUGAUAUAUACGUUAUUCGCGUGGACUGCGGUGCUAAAUCGGCUUCUCAAGAGAAACACAUGAAUCCUGUCAUCAUGUGGGAUGUGACAGCUACGUUUGACGAAUUUAAGCAAUUAGAGCGUGAUUUGAAAAAGGAGCUCAAAGCCAGAAAUCUCUCCACUAGCGUGAAGUUACCGCAUUUAUCGAGCGGUUCGUUGCUGUUCUUGAACCCAGAGCUCACAAAUCAUGUGCUGAACGCGAGGCGAGUGCGUCUGCAAACUUUUAUUGAUUCGGUGAAGUCGGAUCCAAUACUAUCUAGUAUGGGGUGCUUACGCAAAUUUUGCCAAGCUUAUUAA